AUGAGCCGACACCGCAUCCUCCUCAUCGUCAAGGUCUGCGUCGCCUUCCUCAUCCCACCCGCCCUCUAUUCCCUUGCGGUGCCCAUCUACCUCCUCGCCACCCACAAGCUCGACGCCAUGACAAAGUCCAACAGCAUCCUCCUGCUCACAACAUCAGUACUGUCACUCCUGUUCCUCUUCUGCUGGAGCUUCGCGCGCAGCAACGGGCCUAUACGGCCCCCCUCCACGGGCAAAAAAGUAACCUUCCUCUUCAGCCUGCUCAGCACCACCUUCUGGCUCGCCUCGCUAUGGACUGGCGGCGCGGUGGCCGUCGAACAACUAACCUGCCGACCCGGCGCGGCCAAAGAUGCCAUGUUGUGGAGCGCGGGGAUGACGUGCCGGCUGCACCGCGUGGGUGUUGCGUUCUCCGCUGUUGGACUUCUGUCAUCGCUCAUGAUACUCUCGCUCAUGGUCGAGAUCUCUGACCGUCCUUUUGGCGGCGUGAGCACGGAGGCCACCAUCAGUUGGACUGCGGAGAAGUUCCGUGAGGCGCUGCUGGACCUGACGACGCAGGAGAAUGGCGCAAACUUUGCGAAAGAGCUGUUGCAGGCGGAUCGGGGGAAGACACCAAGGUCGUCGCACACACCACGGUCGAGGACGCCGCUGAGUAUUACGCAGGAGUGGAAUGGGGGCGGACCUGGCACUGGUGGGGAGUGA